AUGUAGUGCGUGCAAGUGUAAAGAAUGACUUAAAACGUUUUGAAAGUUGUCGUUUUUUGUGACAAAGUAAUUGACAAAAUUGAAGUCGUAUAAUUUCAAGUUAAAAAUUAUAUUUAACAUACGCAUACACAUUUAUUACACAGUCUAAAGAAAAAUAUACGUAUUGAUUAAAUGGCUUCUAUGCAUCUUCGCUGAUACUCUAAUGUUACGCAUCGAACGUAGAAAUAAAUAGUCUUUGUUAAUAAAAGAAUAUGUUUCCGGCGUACGCCUAUUUAUCGGCUUAUGAUAGACACAAGAAACUUAUAAAUGAUUAUUUAACGUUGCACGAUGGCUCGGUAUCAUCCUUAAAACGAGACACGUCCCGAGAUAAGACAGACUAUGACGUUAUUAGAGAAAACCACAAAUUUCUUUGGGAUGAAGAUAACGAUGCGCAAGAUACAUGGGGCGCGCGAUUGGCAAAAAAAUAUUAUGACAAAUUGUUUAAGGAAUACUGUAUUGCUGAUUUAACAUAUUACAAACACAAUAAGGUUGCCUUAAGAUGGAGAACAGAGAAAGAAGUAGUUGUUGGCAAAGGACAGUUCGAAUGUGGAAAUAAGAAAUGUAAAGAGAAGGAAGGACUGAAAUCUUGGGAAGUAAAUUUUGGUUACCUAGAACAUGGAGAAAAAAAAAAUGCUCUUGUAAAAUUAAGAUUAUGUCCUGAAUGUUCAGUGCAAUUAAAUUAUCGGUCACAAAAACGCGAAGCGAAGAGACACAAGACACUGAAGAGAUUAGGAACAAACUUAGAAACGCACGAUAGUACACCCAGUACAUCCGCAGUAAACAUUAAAACAGAAGAAAUUCAAGUUAUAAACGACAUCGAAGAAUCUACUGAAGAAACUAAUAAGGACGAAUCAAAAAUCUGGAAAGAGAAACCAGCGGAUGGUUUAGAAAAAACUAGAGAAGAGGAGUUUGAAGAAUAUUUAGCAGAUUUGCUAAUAUGAAAUAAUUUUCGAUCGGUUAUACUUGUGUUUGCAAAAAAAUUAAAUCUUCACAGUAUGAACAAAUCUAGCACCAGCCAAUGUGUAUAUAUAUAUAUAUAUACGUAGAUGUAUUUUGUAUAAUAAAUAAAUACAA